AUGGCUGCUCGAUACGCCUUCGUGGCUUUUGCCAGCGCCGCUAUUGCGAGUGCACAGUCUACGACUGAUGAUCCGUAUUACAAUCCCAUUUACUCCUCCAGUUACUCCUCUGCAGCCUUCUGGACUGUUACCGCUCGCUAUGCAGAACAAGUCACCGAGAGUCCAUAUACAUACUAUGACAAUGAUGUGGUGACUGACACCUACACCUCAACCCGCACUAUCAAGGACGAUGUCAUUCCUACCGCUUCUCCCUAUCUCGUCACUACUUCUCGGGAUUGGUACGAUACGGAUAUUCAGAUUGUGGCAGCUUACUAUACCACUGAUGUUGUGGCAGAGUCUGAUCUCGUUGCUGAAACCACGCGCGACUACGAUUCGACUGCAACAACAACAUCAACAAGCACAAGCACAAGCACCAGAUACAGUAUGCAAGUCACAAUGACUGCACCUGCCUCGUGUCCUACGCCAUUUACCAUAACAACCACUGCCUCCGUCUCCAUUCCGACGAAAGUGACAGCGCAAAUAUCUCCGUCGUCAAUCGAGGCAGGCACGACGACUGACUCAUACGGUUCCGUCGUCUACAAGUAUGAGACAUGGUACCUCACAGCCGGCGCUGCACCUUUCCAUUCAUCCUCAGACUACUACUACGAAUACUACAUCGCCUCAUGUAGCACUCCACCACCUUCUCGUUCGACUGGCUCGAGCUACGACUCCGGCAGCGGCGGCUCAAGCUCUUACUACGACGAUUGUUACUACUGCGGAUAUCUCAAGAACUACAUAAUCGCAAUUGCCGUCAUUAUCCCUGCCUUUUUCCUACUUGGCUUCCUCGAAUCAUGGUUCUGGUUUCGCCGCCUCAUGAUGGGCAGAAGCGCCAUGCGCUUUGGUACCAUAUGCUGGGUCUUCAUCUCCCUCUGGAUUCUCUGCUUCACGCGCAUGCAGGACCGCCGCAGCAAAGACGACCAAAAACUGCUUGCUGAGAAAUGGAGGAACAUGGGUAGUGGUGCGGCUUUCAAGGCGUGGUGGAAGUGGGGGUUCCGACACAAGUAUCCAGAGGAGUUGCUGGGCCAGUUCAGCAAGACUACUGUAGGCAUUAUUCCUCCAGGUCAACCACUGCACCCAGAGAUCUCGCAAACCUCUGCCGCUAGAGGACCCACUGCUCCUGGUCAAGUUUACUACUACGGUCCUCCGCCUCCCGGUUGGGUCCAGGGACCAGACGGGGCCUUCGUGCCCCCACAAGGCUACGUCUACCCGCCU